GUCUUCACAGCCAGAGACGUCAUUCUCCAGCGACUGGAACAUUCAAAAUAUUUAGCAGCUUGGUAUUUCAGUAUUAACAUUGGUAUUUUUGUAGGAGUUUAACACAAUGGCGUUGGAAACGGUCCCUAAAGACCUCCGCCAUCUUCGGGCCUGUCUUCUUUGUUCUCUUGUGAAGACCAUUGACCAGUUUGAAUACGACGGAUGUGACAACUGUGAGUCGUACCUUCAGAUGAAGGGAAACCGAGAGAUGGUUUAUGAAUGCACAAGUUCCUCAUUUGACGGAGUGAUAGCUAUGAUGAGCCCUGAGGACAGCUGGGUGGCUAAAUGGCAGAGGAUAGGCAACUUCAAGCCCGGUGUAUACGCAGUGUCAGUGACCGGCAGAUUACCUCCAGGUGUGGUGAGAGAGCUGAAAAGCAGAGGAGUGAUCUACAAAUCCAGAGACACAGCAGUGAAGACAUGAGUCUGACUGCUUCCAGCGGUCUGAUUCACCACUGCAGAGCAGUGAACUCCAGGAACAAGAAACACCAGUGGGACUAAAUUUGAUCGUGUCUGUGAUGUUUUAUGGAGCUGUCCUUCAACUGUUAGUUUCUGUUUGUUGUCAUGAUUAGAGAUAUCAGCAUGAGUGCUUAUAGGGAAGAGGAACUGUGGGUAUUUUUUAUUUCUUUGAAUGAUUGAGAAAAUAAAGGUCUGUUUUUAUAGGAA